UCUACAACGUUCUUUCUCUUGUUUUUUUUCACGCUAUAUUUAUUCAUCUCACUUUUUACUUUUUCUCUUCAUUCAUUUCUCUCUCUCUCAAAAGCUUUUCACUUGAAUUGAGUUGAUGAUGGCUUCCGAAUCUGAAGUUUCUGAACUUUCUUAUAUCUUCGAAAGAAUGAUCAGAAACAGAGACAUGUCUCUGUUGUUGCCCUUCAUCCAAGGUCUUUCCGAAUCUUCAAUUCAAAGACACAGGGACAACCCAGUUCAAGAAUCUUCGAGCAACGAAGAAGAUUCCAACCGUCAAAGAAUCAUCUUGGUGAACCCUUCUACACAGCGCAUGAUCGUGAUCGAAGGAGUUUCAAGUCUGGAAACUCUGUUUCAGGAACUUGAAAGUACUAGAAAGAAGGGUCAGCCACCAGCUUCAAAGGAGUCGAUAGAAGCUAUGAAGAGGGUUGAGAUUGAAGAAAGUGAUCACGGAGAGUGUGUUGUUUGUUUGGAGGAGUUUGAGGUUGGUGGGGUUGUUAGAGAAAUGCCAUGUGAGCAUAGGUUUCAUGGGACCUGUAUUGAGAAGUGGUUAGGGAUUCAUGGGUCUUGUCCUGUUUGUAGGUAUCAGAUGCCUGUUGAUGAGAAGGACGAGGGAAAGAAAAUUGGGGAAGAUGAAGAAGAAGAAGGUGGAGAGAGAGGGAGGGUUGGUGGUGAAGUUUGGGUUAGUUUUUCUAUUAGUAGGAGAAGGGGAAAUCGUGAUCAAAAUCAAGCUACUUCUGGUGGUGAUUCAAUUGAUUCUUCAUCAAGCUCUAGAGAUGGUGAUGAGUUUGGGAAUUGAUCUUGAUUUUUGUUUUGUUAGGAUUCUGGUUUUCAAUUUGUUGAUGUAAAUGUAUAGGCUCAAAUGCACAAAUUUGUUUUUACAUGUGGGAAUAAAUAAUGAUAUUUUGCUUA